AUGACAGCCCCACCCCUCAACCCCGACUAUUCGAACAUGUCGAGUUUUCAUCAACGAAUCUUCGGCUUGAAUGGUCCAAGGGAGCCCACAAAUACUCAGGAACGCCACAUCGAAGAUCUCGAAAUGACGACAUUUCGGGCUCUCCAAGCACAAGCCGACAUGGAAUAUAAGUUGGAGGUGGCCGAGGCACAAAGAAAACGACUCGAGCAGCAGCAACGACAACAACAAAGGGAACAAAGAGUGUUCCAAACAUCCACUCAACCCUUUCCACUACGUGGCACUUUCCUUGUCGAUCGAAUUGUGCGACAACCGGCCGUUAGAGACAACUCCCCACCGGUGGACGAGUUUUGCUGCACUGGGAACACCCUCUUGAAACUUUUCCUUUUCAUUGUCGGACUGUCAAUGCUGGGCUUCGGCAUUUUUCUUAUCAUUCAUUUCUGUUUC